AUGUCACAAUACGUCAGUGGAGAACUCGGAAGCUACCCAAUGUGGGACAGUUCUGUCUUAUACCAAGCUCCGCCUCCUUCGCAUUCUCAUGUUAACGAACACGGAUUAUAUAGACAACCCUGUGCGUUGUUACAUCAAAGCCGGUACACACCUAAUGGCAGAUCACCCAAUCUUCCAUCUUCUACUACGAAGAAGCCAAGACGUCGUGUGGCGACUGUUUCCCAAAGAAGAGCAGCAAAUAUUCGUGAGAGGCGUAGAAUGUUCAAUCUGAACGAGGCUUUCGACAAGCUGCGCAGAAAAGUACCAACUUUCGCGUACGAGAAGCGGCUCUCGAGGAUCGAGACGUUGCGUUUGGCUAUCACGUACAUCGCGUUUAUGGGAGAGCUACUUGGUAUUGAACCGAGCAGUCCAAAACCGGAAUAUAUCCCAAGAGAAUACUAUUUACCGAAUUAA